GCGCGCACACCGACCGGAGCGCGAGCCGCCGCCGCCACACCGACCGGACCGGAGCGCAGAGCAGCGCAGCGCGCGACGCCUCACCUCGCCGGGGCUGGCAGCUCACCGACACCCUCACACCCGAGGCGGAGGAAGGCAGAGCAAGCGGAAGAGCCGGCCCGCUGUUAGCGCCGCGUGCCGCGAUGUCGGAGUUCCUGGUGAGUCUGCUCGGGGAGCGGCUCGUCAACGGCGAGAAAGCCGAGGUGGACGUGCAGUCCCUGGGCGGCAGGCUGUCGCUGCUCGGGCUCUUCUUCGGAUGCAGCCUGAACGCGCCCUGCAAGCAGUUCAACGGCAGCCUGUGCGAGUUCUACAGCCGCUUCAAAAAGGCGUCUGAGCACAAGGACAAACUGGAAAUCGUCUUCAUUUCGUCUGAUCAGGACCAGAAACACUGGCAGGACUUUUUGCAGGAGAUGCCGUGGCCUGCGCUACCUUUCAAAGACAGACACAAAAAGAUGAAGCUGUGGAACAAGUACAAAGUAACCAGCAUCCCGUCCCUGGUGUUCGUGGACGCCGCGACGGGGAAGAUCGUGUGUCGGAACGGCCUGCUGGUGGUCAGAGACGACCCCAAAGGCCUGGAGUUCCCCUGGGGCCCCAAGCCGUUUGCGGAGGUGGUGGCAGGACCUCUGCUCAGGAACAACAGGCAGACGGCGGACAGCGGCUCCCUGGAGGGACACUACGUGGGAGUGUAUUUCUCGGCACACUGGUGUCCACCGUGCCGCAGCCUCACUCGGGUCUUGGUGGAAUCGUACCGAACCGUCAAAGAGUCGGGUCAGAAGUUUGAGAUCGUGUUCGUCAGCGCUGACAGGUCGGAGGAGUCCUUCAAGCAGUACUUCAGCGAGAUGCCGUGGCUGGCGGUGCCGUACUCGGACGAGGCCCGGCGGUCACGACUCAACAGACUGUAUGGAAUACAAGGUAUUCCCACGCUGAUCCUGCUGGACGCCGAGGGUCACGUGAUCACGCGACAGGGCCGCGUGGAGGUGCUGAACGACCCGGAGUGCCGGCUGUUCCCGUGGCACCCGCGGCCCGUGCUGGAGCUCAGCGAGUCCAACGCCGUGCAGCUCCACGAGGGGCCCUGCCUCGUCCUGUUCGUGGACGCCGAGGAGGAAGGAGAGCUGGAGCCGGCCAAGGAGCUGAUUCAGCCGAUAGCGGAGAAGCUCAUGGCCAAGUACAAAGCCAAGGAGGAGGAGACGCCGCUGCUCUUCUUCGUGGCCGGAGAGGACGACAUGAGCGACUCCCUGCGGGACUACACCAACCUGCCGGAGGCGGCGCCGCUGCUCACCAUCCUGGACAUGUCGGCCCGGGCCAAGUACGUGCGCGACGUGGAGGAGAUCACGCCGGCCGUCGUGGAGCAGUUCGUCGGCGACUUCCUGGCCGAGAAGCUCAAACCGGAGCCCAUCUGAGGAGGACGGGCUGUAAACGGGACCCCUCUCCAGGGACCCCGACCUGACCUCCCUGCUCCAGCCGUCAC